AUGGAGCUAAGAUUAGUCUUCAAUUCCACAUCUAACAGCACUGCUGUGGGUUCAGAACAGAUUGCUCCUGCUGUAGUUCUGGGUUUGUGCUGUUUGGUGGGUUUGCCAAGCAAUAUCGUAGUAAUCGUCAGCAUUGCUCGUGAGUGGAAAACAAAUUUAAGCUUUACCUUAAGUCUAAUGCUAAACCUCGCUGUCUCUGAUGCGUUGACCCUUUGUUUGGCUCCUGUCGUGCUGUGUGGGAUUCUGUUUGGAUGGAAACUUGGCCUUUGGUCUUGUAGGAUCCUGUUCUUCUUGGGUCACUGGAGUCUGUAUGUCGGUGUCCUGACGGUCACCUCCAUGAGUGUGCACCGCUAUCACAAUGUCAUCAAGUCAAGGGUCACUAACAGGAAGCUCCUGCACAGACUGGAAAGACGACACAGACGCCUUCAUCUGACUGGCAUCUGGAUUCUAGCCUUUGUUUUUGCCCUACCAAUAUUUUUCACUCAAGGACUCAAAGACAAGGAUGGAUUGCAAAGAUGUCAGAGGACAAUGGAGUCACAGUCUAUAGUAGUGUCUCUUUUGCUUCUUGAGAUCCUGUCGGGGUUCGUCAUUCCUUUUUUGAUCAUGUUAACAUGUUAUCUCUGGUUGCACAAAGGCUUGAGCCAAAAAGCCAAGAGCUCCAGUCUACCUAGAGCUCCACAGGACCAGAAACACAGAAGCCAAGGGACAAACGUUAAGACUUACAAGAAGAGACUUGUGGUCAGCAUCGUUGUGGCUUUCUUUCUGUUUUGGACUCCUGUGCACAUCAUUAAUGUGAUUGAUAUAGUUAUUACUCUGACUAAAACUUCUCAUCCAGAUGAGUAUGCCGGACUGAAGUCCUUUCGUAGAGUUUAUGGUGAUACAAGCAAGACUCUGACUUUGCUAAACUGCUGUCUGGAUCCCUUUCUCUAUGUUUUCUUUUCAAGGAAUGUCAUAAAAUGUAGUAAGUAGAAUCCCACUUGUUUUUCAGUCUGUAGAAAGAUGUAAAACAUUUAAAAGCAUUUAUAAAAACAACGCUGUUAUUAAUUUUUUUAGCUGCAGUAUUAUUAUAUUAUAUUAUUUUAAUGAACAAGUAUUAUAGAUAAACUUUACCAUGCAAAGUGCACCCUGCUUCCAUCCUCUCUCUUUACAGUAAAACUGCUAUAGAGUCUUAUUAAAGCCUGUUCCUCUCUGAUACUGAAAGGCAGGCAGGUUUUUUAGGUCUUGUGUACACACUGUGCAUGCUUGCUUCAUAACAAUGACACUAAAUGCUCUAACUCAGAACUUCAUCUGAACAAUAAAACCAUUUUCUUUUAGUACUGCUAUGAAGCCAAAAGGAACUCUGUUUGUAUCACUGGAUCAUUUUCCUGUCAACACUGUAAACUGUUUUGAAACAAUCUGUAUUUUAUAAAGCACUAUAUAAAAUAAAAGUUACUUGACAGAAACAAUAAAGGAAACACUGCAUGGUGGUUUAAC